GCUCCUUCCAAACAGGCCAAUAUUCGGUUUGAUUCAUCAGCAUAGACGAGAAUUUGGAGGUUUUUGGAACUAAACGAAACACGGAUAGACGAAGAUAAAGAGCAUCGAUGGAGAGUACAUUCAAGGAGUUGAGCGGUGAAUCAGUUCUUGACUUAAAGGAUAAAACUGGAAUUGGUGGUGGCGUUGAGGAUGUUUACGGUGAGGAUAGAGCUUCUCAGGAUCAGCCUAUCACCCCUUGGACUGUUUCUGUUGCUAGCGGGUAUAGCUUGUUGCGUGAUCCACGGCACAACAAAGGACUUGCUUUCACUGAGAAAGAAAGAGAUGCCCACUACUUGACGGGCCUUCUACCCCCAGUAGUUCUUUCUCAAGAGCUCCAGGAGAAGCGGUUGAUGCACAAUCUGCGUCAGUAUGAAGUGCCAUUGCACAGAUAUAUAGCCAUGAUGGAUCUCCAGGAGCGAAAUGAGAAGCUGUUUUACAAGCUUCUCAUGGAUAAUGUUGAGGAACUUCUUCCAGUAGUCUAUACUCCGACUGUUGGUGAGGCCUGCCAGAAGUAUGGUAGCAUUUUCAAGCGUCCUCAGGGACUUUAUAUCAGCUUAAAAGAGAAGGGAAAGAUUCUUGAAGUGUUGAAAAACUGGCCUGAAAAAUCUAUUCAAGUUAUUGUGGUAACCGAUGGUGAGCGUAUUUUAGGGCUUGGAGAUCUUGGCUGCCAGGGAAUGGGGAUUCCAGUAGGAAAACUCUCUCUAUAUACAGCUCUUGGAGGAGUUCGUCCUUCAGCUUGCCUGCCUAUAACCAUUGAUGUUGGCACGAAUAACAAGAAGCUGCUGGAGGAUGAGUUUUACAUUGGUCUGAAACAGAACAGAGCAACUGGGCAGGAAUACGCUGAGCUUCUAGAAGAGUUCAUGUCUGCAGUUAAACAAAACUAUGGCGAGAAGGUCCUUGUACAGUUUGAAGAUUUUGCCAACCACAACGCCUUUGAUCUACUUGCCAAAUACCGGACAACUCAUCUCGUGUUCAAUGAUGAUAUCCAGGGUACAGCUUCUGUCGUUCUUGCUGGGCUUGUUUCAGCUUUGAAGCUAAUGGGGGGAACUUUAGCAGAUCACACUUUCUUAUUCCUGGGUGCUGGAGAGGCUGGGACCGGUAUAGCUGAACUUAUUGCUCUUCAGAUAUCCAAAGAGACAAAUGUGCCUUUGGAACAGACAAGGAAGAAAAUUUGGCUUGUGGACUCUAAGGGGCUGAUUGUGUGCUCUCGUAAAGAGUCUCUUCAGCAUUUCAAAGUGCCUUGGGCUCAUGAACAUGAACAGGUGAAGGAAUUGCUGGAUGCAGUUAAGGAAAUAAAGCCAACAGUUCUAAUAGGGACCUCUGGUGUCGGAAGGACAUUUACAAAAGAAGUCGUAGAGGCCAUGGCAUCCAUAAACCAGAAACCUCUCAUUCUUGCUUUGUCAAACCCAACCUCACAAUCAGAGUGUACUGCUGAAGAAGCUUAUACAUGGAGCGAGGGACGAGCAAUCUUUGCAAGUGGAAGCCCAUUCCAACCUGUCGAGUACAAUGGGAACAUGUUUGUGCCUGGCCAGGCAAAUAAUGCAUAUAUCUUUCCUGGGUUCGGUUUGGGACUGAUCAUGUCUGGUACAGUUCGUGUACACGAUGAUUUGCUUUUGGCAGCCUCGGAAGCAUUGGCGAAUCAGGCAACAGAGGAGAACUAUGAAAAAGGACUCAUCUAUCCUCCGUUUACUAAUAUCAGAAAGAUUUCAGCCAACAUUGCAGCUACUGUAGCUGCUAAGGCAUAUGAACUUGGUCUGGCUUCACGUCUGCCCCGCCCUAAGGAUCUUGUCAACUUUGCGGAGAGCUGCAUGUACACUCCAGUGUACCGCAACUACCGCUGAUAAUCAAGGAACUCAAUCAAUGUGCAGUGAACCCAAAUUACUAAAUUGACUUGUGAUCUCUCUUCAUUUCCCUCUUAUUGACAAUGUGAUUACAAUCUACAUCUUUUGUGCUUUAAAAACUUGUACGGGGAGAUGGUGGCAUAGAUGUGAAGUUUUGGUUAAAUGACAUUGGAUCUUUAUAUUAGAUCUUCUGUUCA